AAGAAAAGGCAAAUUUAUUGAUUCGAAAUCAAAAAUAAUACGUAAAGUGUUCGCUUCUUGUUAUUGUACAUUAAAGUGAAAUAAAUAAUUCCAAAUGACCAUCGACGAAAAAGAAUGCGUUGAGGUGAUAAUCAAAAAUGACCCCAUACUUAAAGGCAUUGAAUUAAAAAACAUCGGCUUUCUUGAGCCACAACCAGUGAUCGUCAACUGUCCCGCCUGUGAAGCUGAAGCGCUAAGCAUUGUGCAUCUGGAAGCGGUUACAUGUCUGCAACGAUUUCUAAAUGCUACAAAGUUGUGGUAA